AUGAGAGCAGAGACGGUAAAAGCUAAUACGCGUGAAUCGUUCCACAAUAUAAGGUUCACACUAGCAUUCUUCACUGUGUCAUUCGCCCCGAGAAUAUCAUUCAUUAUUCAUCGAAUGAGCGAGGACUUUUGUUUUACAGUAUUAAAUGUAAUUAUUAUUAACAUGAUGGAACAGUCAUCUGCAACACAUUUAAGUAGCAACAAUGACAUAUAUAAAAAUUUGUCUACUUCUUGUAAUAACUUCACAAAAGCUUUUUAUAAGGAAGUAUCUUCUACCAAUGAGGAAAAUACUGUUAGUUCACCAUUAAAUAUACAUAUGAUAUUAUCUUACCUUUCCCAUGGAGCAGAAUCUUCAACUUUAGCUGAAUUUACCAAAACGCUUUGUCACUAUGACAAAGAUUCAAUAAAAGAAGGAUAUAAAUUGUUAAUAGCUCAGAUAAAUGAACUGAGCAAUAUUAAAUUGUAUAUUGCAAAUACAAUGUACAUUCAAGAUGGAUUUGAAGUGUUAACAGAAUUUUUAACGAUAGGAAAAGAGGUUUAUCAAUCUGAAAUUUCAAAAGUUGAUUUUAAACAAAAUAUAGAUGCAGCUAUAAAAAUCAACACUUGGAUUAAAGAGAAAACAAAUAAUAAAAUAUUUGACCUUGUAUCUUCAGGUGACUUUAAUGAAGAUACAAAAUUAGUAAUAAUAAAUGCAAUUUAUUUUAAUGGUAAUUGGUUACAUACAUUUAAUGCAAAAAUGACGCAGGAUAAAAUAUUUCAUGUGUCAAGAAAUGAAAAAAAACUUGUACCAACAAUGUUUAAUAAGUCUAAAUACAAUUAUGGUAACAUUCCUGAGUUACAUGCAAAAUUUAUUGAAAUUCCAUACACGAAUGCAGACAUUGUAAUGAUAAUAAUAUUACCAAAUGAAGUGGAUGGUCUUUCAUAUUUGGAAAAGAACUUUUCAUGGGAAAUGCUUGCAAAUACAUCUCGAUCUAACGACGAUGUUGAAUUGCAUCUUCCAAAAUUCAAAAUUGAAUUUACAGUAAAUUUGGAAAAUAUUUUACAUAAGCUUGGUUUAAGUACAAUGUUUAAGCCUGAUGCAAAUUUUAAUCGUAUUUCAAAUGUACCAUUAAGAGUUAGUAAGGUUUUGCAUAAAGCAAUCAUAGAAGUAAAUGAAGAAGGUACUGAAGCUGCUGCUGCAACAGCUGUUCAGUUAAGAUUCCGACGGAUGAUAGUCGUAGAUAUACCACAAAUAUUUUUAGUUGAUCGACCUUUCAUGUUUAUAAUUAAAUAUAAACCAUAUAAUAUACCACUUUUUAUUGGAAAUGUAAAGGAUAUAGGAGUUGUACCACAUAAAGAUGAAUUAUAA